UGAAUUGGGACACAGCCAGUGUCUGAUGUAGAGCAGCACUGUAACUGCCGGUUAAACAGGUGAAUACACUCCAGCCUCAUUCUGUGCGAGUUUCCUGAAAAUACAAUGUUGAGAAUCUUCAGCAGAAUUAUGGUGAAGUUGGGGAAGUUGAAUCCUCCAGACCAGGUCAGAUCUUAUCAGUUAGUGAAGCCUGUACGAGUGAUUCUUAUUAGUGACAGAUACUUGAACCAGCAGAAGGGACUUCCCAGGGUACCUGUCCCCCCUCUGCGGAAAACAUGUGAGGGCUACCUCAGUGCCCUGGAGCCCAUAAUAGAAGAGGAUGAGUGGAAGCGAGCGAAACAGCUGGUUGAGGCCUUUAUGAAAAGAGGAGGGGUUGGAGAGGAACUGCAGAGAAGCCUGGAGAGGAAAGCAUGCAACACUGACAACUGGACGACAGACCUGUGGGGGAAGUUGGAAUACUUUGGGAACCGGAGCCCUGUGGUGAUUAACGCAAAUGUCCCGAUUGCGUGUCCUCGACUGGACUUCAGGGAUAAACAGGGACAAAUUAGGUGUGCAGCCAAACUAAUAAUAGCUCUUUUGGAAUUUAAGACAACCAUUGAAAAUGAAACAUUACCAGCUGAGAAUCUGGGAGGGAAACCUCUUUGUAUGGAGCAAUAUUCCCAGUUGCUGUCAACCUGCCGCAUCCCAGGUCUGGAGAGGGACUCGGUGGUGUUCCAUGCCAAGAUCGGCAAUCCACCCAAACACAUCACAGUGGCAUAUAACUCUCAGUUCUUUGUGGUGGAGGUCUACCACAAUGAUGGGACUCCGCUGACAGUUGAUCAGCUUUGUGUUCAGAUGGAGAGCAUUUGCACCUCCACAUCAGAGACUAACACGGAGCCUGUCGGUAUCCUCACCACCCUGGAUCGUGACUCUUGGAGCAAAGCAUAUCUCAGUAUGAAAGAUCAAACAAACAAAGAAUCACUGUCAGCCAUUGAAAGGAGCAUCUUCACAUUGUGUUUGGAUAGAGCCAUACCUCGAGAGUCUGACAAGUACGUCACAUGUGAUUUCCACCUAAUAACACAUGGAGGAGGCAGCCAGUGGAAUAGUGCCAACCGCUGGUUUGACAAGUCACUGCAGAUAAUUGUUGCAGAAGAUGGGUCAUGGGGUUUAAAUCUGAUUCAUAUUGUUGCUGAUGGUACAGUUAGUAUGGCCUUAACUGACUAUCUUGUCGCAUCCAUGAAGAAGCCAGAGAUGAGGCAAGCUUCCAUUCUGCCUUUACCUAUGCCCCAGAAACUACACUUCCAUGUCACCCCUGAUAUCAAAGAGAUCAUUGAGCAGGCUAAAAGGAGCAUGGACAGAAACAUCCAAAACUUUGAUCUGAGUGUUCUGGUUUUUGACCACUUUGGGAAAAAUUAUCUGAAGGCCCACAACAUGAGCCCUGAUGCUUUCAUCCAAAUGGCCAUACAGCUGGCCUACUACAGGAUGAAUAAGCAGGUCUGUGCAUCAUAUGAAGCUGUCAGCCAGCGAAUGUUCAGGCGUGGACGUGUGUCCCUACUGCUUUCAACGACAAGUGUCUCAGCUGCCUUUGUCAAGGCCUUUGAUGACCCUCAAAAGCAGAACACGGAGAAGAUUGAUCUGUUGGAAAAAGCCAUAAAAACACACAAAGAGAAUAUUAAGGCGGUAAUUGGAGGACAUGAUAUUGUAGCCCAUAUCAUUGCUCUCAGAUUGCAAGCUGUUGAGAAUAAACUCCCCAUGCCUGACAUCUUCAGAGACAUCUCAUACAAAAAAAUCCUUAACUACCAAUUCGCCGCAAGUCAGGUGACAUCCAAUACCGGCUCUGUGGGAGUCCAUCAGGUUGAUGAAAACUCUGGAUACAGUUUGUGCUACAGUGUACAUAACAGUCACUUCAUCAUUGAGAUGGCAACUUCCAACACCCACAAGAGACUAAACACACGUCAUCUGAUCCAAAAUAUGAAGGAUGCACUACUGGACAUGAGGGCUUUGCUGGAGCAAGCUCCAAGAGCAACUUAAAAAUCAUCCAUAGCUAAACUCUCACCUUAUUUUUUGCAUUUUCUUUUGUUUUAUUUUUAUUUUUUUAUUUGAAUGAUUAUUGAAUUUUUUGAGGGGGUGGGGAUUUCUCAUCACUUCUUUGAUUACUUGCUCAAAAAUGGGAGAUUCCAUUCUAGAUUUAAGUUUUGAUCUUUUGUGAAACUUGCAGAGACCGGGUAGUCCUGUGAGUGAUCUGUGGUAGGUGGGCUGGAGCAGACAGUGUCAUGGCACACAUGCUAAACACAAAGACACAGCUGAGGAAAAUCCUUACACAAAAAAACACUAGGUGUUAGUCUUAAUUGUCACACCCCAAUUUCUAUGUGCAUUUUAUUUGAGAAAUGAGUGCUGAGCUUGAAGCCUAAAGACUAUUAUGCUUCUGUAAUAAAACACCAAUUUCAAACAUUA